GCUCUUUCACUUCCUCACAGUCUACGUCUCCAUCUCUGUCUUUAAUGGAGAGGGCGGCGUUCCUCAAUUUCACAAACGCCAUUGAUUUCUUGACGUUCUCUCAGGCUCCUAUUAACUGCGCAGAUCCCGAGGCCUUCUCCAAACCUUCCUCGUGUUCUUCGUUUCUGAGAUAGAACUAUUGGUCAAUGAUAUUCAGCUCAUAGCUUUAUGAAGACUGAGCAGUGAAGAAUCUGGUGAUCAAUUUGAAGCUAUAGGUUAAAAAUGACUUCAGCAGGCAAAGCAGAUAGGAAGGCAUCUCUUGAUGCUGCAUCAUGGUUGUUCAAUGUUGUGACAUCUGUUGGAAUAAUCAUUGUCAAUAAAUCAUUGAUGGCUACUCAUGGGUUCAGUUUCGCUACAACAUUAACGGGUCUGCAUUUUGCCACAACAACCUUACUGACAGUUAUUCUCAAGUGGCUGGGAUAUAUACAGCCCUCUCAGCUACCAUUGCCUGAUCUUUUGAAGUUUGUUUUAUUUGCGAAUUUCUCCAUAGUCGGAAUGAAUGUGAGUUUAAUGUGGAACUCUGUGGGAUUCUAUCAGAUCGCAAAGCUAACUAUGAUCCCAGUAUCAUGUUUUCUAGAAGUUGUCUUGGACAAUGUUCGAUACUCAAGGAGCACAAAACUAAGCAUAACAUUGGUUCUCCUCGGUGUUGCAGUUUGUACUGUUACUGAUGUGAGUGUCAAUGCCAAGGGUUUUAUAGCUGCUUUAGUGGCAGUUUGGAGCACUUCCCUGCAACAGCAUUAUGUACACUCUCUGCAACGGAAGUAUUCGCUUGGAUCUUUCAACUUAUUGGGACAUACUGCGCCAGUACAGGCAGCAUCUUUGCUGAUAUUGGGGCCCUUCUUGGACUACUGGUUGACAAAUAAAAUAGUUUAUGCGUAUGACUAUCAUUUGAUAUCCAUGUCGUUAAUUGUCCUGUCUUGCACCAUUGCGGUAGGGACCAACCUCAGCCAGUUCAUCUGCAUUGGUAGAUUUACGGCUGUGUCAUUUCAAGUCCUUGGCCAUAUGAAGACAAUUCUAGUCUUGAUCCUAGGGUUCAUUUUCUUCGGUAAAGAGGGUCUCAAUCAUCAAGUAGUUAUGGGUAUGUUCAUUGCGAUAUUGGGAAUGAUCUGGUACGGCAACGCCUCAUCCAAGCCAGGGGGCAAGGAGCGUCUUCCAAGCAGCAAAUCCCAAAAGAACAGUGCUUUAUCAGAAUCUUCUGAAGUCGAUGAGAAGGUAUAGAAUUCAGCGACAGGUUGUGACAACAGUCGGGGAUAAAUCUAAAAAGAGAGUGAGAGAGAGCAACAUAGAACAGCUGAUUCAAGGAGUUUCUUCACAACCAGAAAGCCAGAUCCCUUGAUUAUUAUACUUUUUUUGUUUUCACCAUAGUUCAUAUUUGUGUUCUUGAAUUUAGUCAAAGCGAAAGUUCCCAUUGCAUGGGUGUAAAAUUUCAGCCCCUGGAAGUUACCUUGUACCACAGGUUAUUUUUUUAUAGUAAUUUGUUUAAAUUUGUUUAUUAAAUUAAUUUCAGACCAUCUAAUGUGAGGUAAUAACAUGUGGUAAACUCUAUUUUGACAGAA